AUGGGAGAAGGGUUUAUAGCGCGCGACAUAACAUUCGUGAACAGUGCCGGACCCAAAUCGGAGCAAGCUGUAGCUCUCCGCGUCGGAGCAGAUAAAUCCGUAGUGUAUCGCUGCUCCGUCGAAGGAUACCAAGACUCACUCUACACACACUCAAAACGACAAUUCUACCGAGACACAGACAUCACCGGAACCGUGGACUUCAUAUUCGGAAACUCCGUCGUCGUAUUCCAGUCUUGCAACAUCGUCGCCCGGAAGCCGUUACCGGGUCAGAGAAACUUCGUGACGGCGCAAGGGCGGAGCCACCCGGAGCAGAACACCGGAAUCUCCAUUCAGAAAUGCAGGAUCACGGGGCAGUCGUUGACGUAUCUUGGCCGGCCGUGGAAAGAGUAUUCAAGAACGGUGGUGAUGCAAUCUUUCCUCGACGGGUCGAUCCACCCGUCUGGUUGGUCUCCUUGGUCGGGUUCGGGUAGUUUUGGUCUUAAAACUCUUUUUUAUGGAGAGUUUCAGAAUACGGGUCCUGGAUCAUCAGUUUCGGGUCGGGUUAAAUGGGCUGGAUAUCAUCCUUCUUUAACGGUGAAAGAAGCGGAAGGAUUCACUGUGGCUGGUUUCAUUAUGGGGACGAUGUGGUUGCCAUCAACGGGGGUUAGUUUCGACUCUGGUCUUGUGAAGUGAGUGUAAGUUGGGGUGUGUGGCAAUUAUCUAAAGGGUUUUAUAGUCGUCUUAGUUUAAAUGUGAUUAAAUACUUUCUUGAUUAAUGCAAAUUGUGUGUUAAAUAAUCCCAUGUUCUUUUCUAUUAUUUGUUUGUGAAAAUGUAAGGUUGGCGAAUAAAAUUUGGAUGUAUUGUUAGUUUGAUACUACUAAAAUGUUAUACAUUUCAC